CGAACACCUAAAGAUGGUGAAGUCAUAUCUAAAAUUCGAGCAUUCGAAGACUUUUGGGCUCAUCGCAUCCGGUUCCUCGAAUGCGAUCUGGGCCCGCGAUGAAGAUAGCCUAGGAACUGCGCGUCGGACGGGCUCUGGAAGAGCCAUCGUCGGUGCGAGUGAAGAGGUUCUCUGCUGGGAUGUCAAGAAGGGAGAGUUGCUUGGCAGGUGGCACGAUCCGGCUUGUAAAGCACAAGUUACAGUGAUCACGCAUAGCAAGACGGACGAGGAUAUUUUCGCGGUCGGUUAUGAAGAUGGAAGCAUUCGUCUCUGGGAUUCUCGAACUGAAUCUGUGAUCAUCUCUUUUAAUGGCCACAAGUCCGCCAUCACCCAACUCGCCUUCGAUAGCGCUGGAGUCCGUCUGGCAAGCGGCUCGAAAGAUACAGAUAUCAUCCUGUGGGACUUAAUCGCAGAAGUUGGACUUUUCAAAAUGCGGGGGCAUACCGAUCAAAUCACCUCCUUGAACAUCCUCACACCCUCCACCGAAUUACUCAACGCCGCCGGGCUCAGUGACCAUGCGGGAUUUCUGCUGUCAACAGGCAAGGAUGCACUGAUUAAGGUGUGGGAUUUGGCUUCGCAGCACUGUAUCGAGACCCACGUGGCUCAGUCAAACGGCGAAUGCUGGAGUUUGGGUCUUUCGCCCGACGGAAGUGGUUGCAUUACCGCUGGCAAUGACGGAGAGCUCAAGGUCUGGUCAAUUGACGAAAGCGCUAUGAUUGAAAUCUCGAAGGAGAAGGCCGGAUCUGAAGGUCAGAAGAUUUUGAACGACAGAGGUACAUUCUAUCGCACGGGCAAAGAUCGCACGAUCGGUAUCAGCUUCCAUCCUCGGUUGGACUAUAUCGGUAUCCACGGAUCGGAGAAGGCAGUCGAGAUCUGGCGGAUUCGCUCACAGGUCGAAGUGCAAAAGAGCUUGGCCAGGAAGCGCAAGAGGAGAAAGGAGAAGGAUGCGCAGCGUGCUGCAGACAAGGAAGGUGCCGUCGCCGAUAUUGACAACAAGAAGCCUGACGAUGCAGCGCCUGCCCCAGUUUCCGAAGUUUUCGUGUCUCAUACCAUUGUUCGCACUGGAGGUAAGGUCCGGUCCUUCGACUGGAUCAAGACCAAGUCAAGUGGUAACCUGCAGCUACUGGCCGCUACUACGAACAACCAGAUUGAGUCCUACAUCGUGGUGACCGCCAACAAGAAGAACAAAGAUGAGGACGAGUCGGAGUACACUCGAAACUUGGCAGUUGAUAUUCCAGGUCACCGCACUGAUAUCCGGUCCGUCGCAUUGAGUUCUGACGAUCGCAUGCUGGCAUCUGCGUCCAACGGCAGUCUCAAGAUUUGGAAUGUUCGCACUCAGAGCUGUCUGCGUACCCUCGAAUGUGGUUACUCACUCUGUUCGGCCUUUCUUCCUGGAGACAAGAUUGUCGUUGUGGGAAACAAAGACGGUCAGCUUGAGAUUUUUGACAUUGCCUCCUCGACUCUUCUCGAUACGAUCAAGGCCCAUGACGGACCGGUUUGGUCCCUACAGGUCCACCCGGAUGGCAAAUCUCUGGUCAGUGGUAGUGCCGACAAGACAGCCAAGUUCUGGAACUUCCAGGUCGUUCAAGAAGACAUCCCUGGAACGAGAAGAACUACGCCACGACUCAAGCUGGUACACACAAGGACCUUGAAGGUUGCCGACGACAUCCUCAACGUUCGCUUCUCACCUGAUGCUCGAUUGCUGGCUGUUGCUUUGCUAGACAACACUGUCAAGGUGUUCUUCGUUGAUUCACUCAAGCUUUUCCUCAAUCUUUACGGCCACAAACUUCCAGUCCUCAGCAUGGACAUAUCGUGGGAUAGUAAGCUGAUCGUCACAUGCUCCGCCGAUAAGACUGUUCGCGUGUGGGGUCUGGAUUUCGGUGAUUGUCAUAAGUCAUUCCUGGCACACGAGGACAGUGUUAUGGCCGUCGCAUUUGUUCCGAACAACAAGGAAGGAAAUGGCCACAACUUUUUCAGUGCUAGCAAAGACCGUUCGAUCAAGUACUGGGACGGUGACAAAUUUGAACACAUCCAAAAGCUGGCUGGACACCAUGGGGAAAUUUGGGCAUUGGCUAUCAGCCACUCUGGAGAGUUCAUUGUCACUGCCAGUCAUGACAAAAGCAUUCGCACCUGGGAGCAAACCGACGAGCAGUUGUUCCUGGAAGAAGAGCGCGAAAAGGAACUCGAAGAGAUGUAUGAUAAUUCCCUCAUGGCUUCCCUCCAAAAGGAGGACGAAGGAGAGGAUGGAGAGAAGGCCGAAGCCGUCGAUGCUGGCAAGCAAACGACUGCCACGCUCAUGGCAGGAGAAAAGAUUAUCGAAGCCCUGGAUUUGGGAAUGGAAGAUUUGGUGGUCAUGCGCGAUUGGCGUGCCGUCAAAGCGAGGCAGCCUAACGCAGCACCCCCUAAACGCAACCCUUUGUACAUGGCAUUGGGAGACGUUUCUGCCGAGAGGCAUCUUCUAAAUGUCGUCCAGAAGAUUCCUGCUGCUGCUCUGCAGGAUGCUCUGCUGGUUUUGCCAUUCUCGAAGAUUCCGGCUUUGUUCACGUUCCUCAACAUCUGGGCCAGUCGCGAGUGGAACAUACCACUGACUUGCCGUGUACUCUUCUUCAUUCUCAAGACGCACCACCGCCAGAUCAUUGCGAGCAAGAUGAUGCGGCCGAUGCUCGAUGGCAUCCGUGCCUCUCUGCGUCGGGUGCUGGCCCGUCAAAAGGAUGAGAUGGGUUUCAAUAUUUCCGCGCUGCAGUUUGUCGGCCAGCAGAUUCAAGAACAGAGCACCAAGGAUUAUAUUGAUGAGGAAGCCUACGAGGAGCAAGAAAGGACGACGGGCACGGGGAAGAAGCGGCAGUUCAUCAGCAUUGCUUGAAAGCGCUCUACUCGGGGGUUUGUGUCUGUAACCAUGCAUUUGUUUGGCGUUCAGAAUCGUUGCUUGGUCGAGUGUUUUCUUUUUUUGGGUUACGCAUGAAAAGUUCUAUAUCCGGAAGGUUAUGAUAGGUUUAGACCCCUUUGUAAAUUCAAUACGAUCUACUGAAGACGUG